CAAACAAGGGUCUGAGCAAACAGAAUAGGGACCGAACGCACAAAAUUGUUUUAACUCGAAGGACAAAUUGAAAUGGGGGAUACCGACUGGAGAUACGGCGGUGGAGGAGUUGGUCCUUCUGCUCUUCUGCCAUCAUCUGCUGACGGAGGAAGCAUUCUUCCCCCAAGCUUUCCUGGCUACUCAUCAUCUGAAGCAGCUAUAUUAUCAACUCGUAAUCUAUAUAGCUCCAACAGUUUGCAGGGUAGUUUUUCCGAUUUCACACAGAAAGAUAUAUUAUCAUCACGUCCAGGUGCUUAUGGCAUAGAUGAUACUGCUAGUGUUCAUCAUGAAUCUGGUCUUAAUGGAUCAAAGGCUGGAGCAAGCAUUAAACCUUACCCAUCUUUACAAGAUCCAAGUUUACUAGGUCAUCCACGAGUUGCUGCUCCAAGCAUUAGUCCUGGCAUCCCUGAUGUGACUUAUGAAAGGCCCAAUUCUGUGAGAGGGGUUGAGGGUAAUCAAGUCACAUCUGGAGAGUCAAACAUUCUGUUUGUUGAUGGGCUUCUGAGUGACUGUACAAGAAGAGAAAUAGGUCGUAUCCUUGUUGUAUCGCUGUUAAUGCUUUUCCUUGUCUUCUUAUAUUAUUUAUGAGGGUGUGUUUACGUAAGUGAUAAAGAUUGCAUAUUCUGCUGGUUGGUUCCCUUAAGUUGUAUUUGGGGCUUUCCAGCAAAUAUCAAGGAAUAUUUUCUAAUGCAGCACAUAACUCAAGUUUAGUCUUAGUAAGAGGUCAGUCUUGGCACAAUAUUGCUCCUAUGGAAGCCAACCUCCAAGGGUAAGGAGUGAUGUUUUAUAAUUACUAGUCAGAGCUGAAAAUGCAUUGUUAUUCUGAAAUACUUUAUAAGUACUGUAAUAGUAAUAUUUGAUAUCAAUUUGUUGGGAAAAUAUGAUAUGUUUCAAACUUUUUUGAUGAUGACUCCCUUGUUUGAUCCGCAAUAUUUUCAAAAUAUAUUUUUCACUUUCUUCUUUCUACCACUCAUUAUUCAAUAAAAUAAUAUU